AUGUUUGAAAAUGCGAAUUGGAGUAAUGCCGAAAUGGCGAAUGGCGAUUUUUCCGAUGAGAUUUUUCAGUUUCUCGGAUCAUUCGAAGAAGUUUUGCCAGAAGGAAUUGAAGCGGUGAAAACCGAAGUUGUGAGUUUCGUUUUUCUUAUCAAUUCUAUUCUAUUUUAAAUUUCUGCUUUUCAGAAACCGAAAGGUAAAAAGAAGAAAAACUUGGCCAAAAAUGAAGAGAAAACAGAUAAUGAAGAGAAUGAAGAGGAAGUUUCGAAAGACGAGAAAAUUUCGGCUAAAAAGCUGAAAAGAAAAGAGCAAAUGGCGAUGAAUCGAAAAUUGAAAAAGGAACGAUUGGCGAAAAGAAAAUUGAAGGUUUGUAA